UAGCUGUCCUAGCGCUGGAUGGACAUUGACCCGCGAGGCGGCGCCGUGUCCGAGUGGAGCCGAGGCUAGAGGAGCGGGCGGCGCUCCGGAGGGCGCCCGACCCCAAGUCGCUCGCCUGUGGCCAUGAAGAUGAUCCUGGUGCGCAGGUUCCGCGUGCUCAUCCUGAUGGUGUUCCUGGUGGCCUGUGCGCUGCACAUCGUGCUGGACUUGCUGCCCAAGCUGGAGCGGCGCGCCGCGCGGCCCCCGGGCGAGCCCGGCUGCUCGUGCGCGCAGCCCGCGGCCGAGGCGGCGGCGCCCGGCUGGGCCCAGGCGCGGGGCCGCCCCGGGGAGCCCGCAGCAGCCGCCGCGGAGCCCGGCUGGCCCAACAAGCACACGCUGCGCAUCCUCCAGGACUUCAGUUCCGACCCUUCCUCCAACCUCACGUCCCACUCGCUGGAGAAGCUGCCGCCCGCGGCUGAUCCGGCCGAGGGCGCCUGGCGAGGGCGGGACCCUGGCGCCCCGCAGCCCCGCAACCCCGCGCACCGGCCGCUGCUCCGCGACCACGGUCCUCGGAGGUCAGCGCCGCCUCCGGGCCCUAGCGGGGACGGCUCCGUCUUGACCAGGCUGUUUGAACACCCACUCUACCAGGUGGCCGUUCCGCCGUUAACUGGAGAUGACGUCCUGUUUAAUGUCAAUAGCGACAUCAGGUUCAACCCCAGGGCAGCGGAGGAUCCGGACUGGCCACAUGAAGGUAAUGAAGGUGAAGAAUUCCUACCCACUGGGGGCACAGCCGUGGACGCCUACCCCAAUUGGCUGAAAUUCCACAUCGGCAUCAACCGCUAUGAGCUGUACUCCCGACACAACCCCACCAUUGAGGCGCUGCUGCAGGACCUCAGCUCCCAGAAGAUAACCAGUGUCGCUAUGAAGUCGGGGGGCACGCAGCUCAAGCUCAUAAUGACGUUCCAGAAUUACGGGCAGGCGCUGUUCAAGCCCAUGAAGCAAACGAGGGAGCAGGAGACACCCCCUGACUUCUUUUAUUUCUCUGACUAUGAGAGGCACAAUGCAGAGAUCGCUGCCUUCCACCUGGACAGGAUCCUGGAUUUCCGCCGUGUCCCUCCCGUGGCAGGCAGGUUGAUCAACAUGACCAAGGAAAUCAGGGACAUCACGCGAGACAAGAAAUUGUGGAGAACUUUCUUCAUCUCGCCAGCCAACAACAUCUGCUUCUACGGGGAAUGUUCCUACUACUGCUCCACGGAGCACGCCCUGUGUGGGAAGCCCGACCAGAUCGAGGGCUCGCUGGCCGCCUUCCUGCCUGACCUGUCGCUGGCCAAGAGGAAGACGUGGAGGAACCCCUGGCGGCGCUCCUACCACAAGCGCAAGAAGGCUGAGUGGGAGGUGGACCCCGACUACUGUGAGGAGGUGAAGCAGACGCCACCCUAUGACAGCCCCCAGCGCAUCCUAGACCUCAUGGACAUGACCAUCUUUGACUUCCUCAUGGGAAACAUGGACCGCCACCACUACGAGACCUUUGAGAAGUUUGGGAACGAGACGUUCAUCAUCCACUUGGACAACGGAAGAGGGUUUGGGAAGCACUCCCACGAUGAGCUGUCCAUCCUGGUGCCUUUACAGCAGUGCUGCAGGAUCAGGAGGUCCACCUACCUGCGGCUGCAGCUCCUCGCCAAGGAGGAGUACAAGCUGAGCCUCCUGAUGGCCGAAUCUCUGCAGAGGGACCGGGUAGCCCCUGUGCUCUAUCCUCUGCACCUGGAGGCGCUAGACCGUCGGCUGCGCCUGGUGCUUCGGGCCGUGGGGGACUGCGUGGAGAAGGACGGGCUCCACAGCGUGGUGGAGGAUGACCUGGGCUCGGACCCCACGCCUCCCACCACCGCCACGGCCGCAAGGUAGUGAGCCUCCCACCGCGCCGGCCGCCGGGGACUGAGCAGGAGGGUCAUCCUGCACAAGGCCGCGAGCCGCUUGGUGAAUUCAGUGAAUUCAGAGACAUGUGGAUCUUUCUGGAGUCGGAGGGCAACCUACCCCGAGGGGUCCAGCAGGAGGGACGAGCCGAUGUCUGCGCUCACAGACUGAGGUGGGGCGGCUGCGGCACCCACCUUUUUGUAGAGAAGGAAGCCUUUACUUACAAUUUUGUAUUUAUAAGUGGUUAUCUGUAUAUAAGACACACACCUACAGACUGCAGGUUGCCCACCAUUAAGCCAGGGGUCACUCCCUCCCCCGGCUCCUGGGACUUCCACGCACAGAGCACCCCUGGGCGCUAGACCUGAUUGAAGAUAAAGACUCCUUUUCUCCUGCCUUCCUGGCUUCAGCACUCAGAGUGCCUCAGGGCUUAUCGGCUGGGGAGGCCCCAGGUGGAUGCCACGGACUGGGCGCGGGCAGACAGACACAGAGA